AUGUCGGACUUGAGGCCCUGCCCACUGGCCCCCAUGUCGGACUUGAGGCCAUCUCCACUGGCUCCCAUAUUGGACUUGAGGCCAUCUCCACUGGCCCCCAUGUCGGACUUGAGGUCCUGUCCACUUGAGCCGUUGGAAUCUUUUGAUUCGUUACGAACUUUUGUGUCUUUCUUAAGUCAGUGUGCACAAAAAGUUUCUAUUGGAAUACAGAACAAGUCUGUCAUCCCUGACAACUACAUCACAGCCAGUAGAAACAACCAAGAUGCAAACAAGGCAAGAUUGAAUUUUCCUGGUGGCUGGUUUUUGAAAUGUAGUUCGUCUCUUCCAUGUAAUAAUCAAUGGUUACAAGUCAAUGUGGGAAAGAUUGCGAAGAUAACUCGUAUUGCCACCCAAGGUCAUAAACAYUAUCAAAUAUGGGUAACAUCGUACACUCUCAACACUAGUAUUCAUGGUGGUACCCCUUACACAUUGUACAAUAAUGGAGAAGAGCUCUCAGCAAACAGUGAUAUGAACUCUAUUGUAUAUAAUGACCUAAAACCAGCCAUCAAAGCAAGAUAUGUGCGAAUAGUCCCCACAAAGUGGUGGCAUCAUGACGUCGCGUUGAGAGUAGAGCUAUACGAAUGUAAACAACAACAAGAAAAAUGCUCCCAUGCACUUGGAAUGGAGAGUGGAUUGAUUAAGAAAAAAGAUCUUGCCGUUUCUACGAGCCCUCUUACGGCGAAUGAUUCAAGAUUGGGCCCUUUUAAUUCCUGGGUACCCUUAUAUAACGAUGACAACCCAUGGCUUCAGAUUGAUUUGCGAAAUGUAAAAARGAUCAACGGCAUUGCAACACAGGGGCAUCGAUUCACCGUGGAUCUCUUGGUUGAAGAAUUUCGUCUUCAAUACAGAAAUGUAACUCCCCAAAYCCUCAGUAAUUACACCGUGGACGGUAAACCAAAACACCUAAAAGGAAAUACUGACCACAACAAUAUCUUGUUUAAUGCCCUCGAUCCUCCUAUAAUUGCUCAAAUAGUUCGUAUUCUACCAAUAGCAUGGCGCAGACAUAUCGCUAUGAGGGUUGAGCUGUAUGGAUGCCCAUAUAAGGGGGUCUACGAUGGAUCGAAGCUGUAGAAUGUGAUCUUUUCAUAUGUUUUACGCUGAGCUGCCAUCUCUAACCAUGAAAGAUAAUGCUGAGAUCAUCUUCCGGGAAAGUGAACCAUGAAGCUGAAUUCAAGCCUUGUAAAUAGAUUAAAAAGCCAGCUAUUAUGUUGGAGUUUGACUGCUUAAAACAUGAAACAACAGUGACCUUUAGAGUUGAAAAUUUUGAAGCAUGAAAACAGGUUGACGAAAAUAAACAAGCGAAUGUAUUUCUAGACCCGAAAAACAACUGUAUGACGAAAAUCGCUAACUUUUCCURUUAUCCAAAUUAGAAUUAUAAGAAUGAAAUGGCAAAAGUCCAARCUUCCAUGUCCUAUCCAUGAACAUUGCAUUUUAUUUUGUCUAGAAAAAUAUCAUUGUAAUUAUUGUCCAAUGCUAUGUGUCUACAACAACAGGAGGAAGACUUGUAACGAAGACUUAACGAAAACUUAACAUUAGACAGGACCAUGUGCACGGGUUUCGAAUAUUUUUAGAUACAAGAGUCUGUAAAUUUACUGUAAAUUAUUCUUUUUACAGACAAAAUGUUCUUUUAUAAACAUUGUAAAUUGUUUUUACAAGAUAUUUGCAAUGUUUGAUCGAAUAUACAUACAGCUAAUUCAAAAAACGUUGUUGGAGGAAGGCGAACGGAAAUUGUCGAAGAGAAAUUGCACGACCGAAAGGGACUAUGUUUACACUGUUUUUAUAAACAAAAUUUCACUUAUUGGAUUCACCUUAUAUAGAAUUGGAGACUAAAUGUAGCCAAUGUUUUCAACAGACUAUCUUACAGUACAAAUCGGUUGUUAUUGCCUUUCAACUAGCAAAACCCAUGGCUACUUUAGGUCGUGCAAUCGCUUUUCGACAAUUGACAUUCGCCAUUUUAUCCGACAACCUUUUUUGAAAGUAGCUAUAUACAGCAAAAUGUACAAGAUAUUUACACAUUAUGUACAUAAAAUUUAAAAAUUUUGUAAAAGGGCAUUUUGUUUAUAAUUAGAAUUUACUGUAUAUUUGCAUAUUAUUUGCAAACUCUGUAAACACUUUUUCCAUUGASAAGUUCAAUAUUGAGAAUAAGUUAAUGACAUGGUUGCCUGAGGCUAAUAGUUUGGUAAAUAUGCUUUGAACGCUAUUUAGUUUCAUAGACCUUUUCUGAAAUACAAAAUCAUAGUGCAUUGUGGUCAAGCUUCAGCACAAACACCAUAUUUGGCAGCAUGAACAAAAGAUGUUUGUGCUGAACCUAGACCACAAUGCAAUGCAAACUGCUAUCUCAGAAAAGGCCUAUGGUAAAGUUUCAAAUAUUUAAGUUUCUUUUCUAAAAUCUAAAUUCAUGCUCGUACCACAUUAAUUAACAGAUCAUCACAGACUCAGAGAGAGAAUUUAACAAUCUGAUGGAAAUUCUAUCUUUCAAAAUUACCGUUGAAGCUUGUGAAAAUAAAAGAGAGCUGCAAGAAGUUCCUUAGCCUCAAGGGGAUAGACUGUCCUUGUUCAUUCAGGCUUGGUUUCAGUUCUUUUAUAUACAGCGCUUUGGCUAUUAUAUCCUUUGUUUGAAAAUUUUAAACUUUUGAAGCAUUGACAUUGACAGCAUUUACUAAUUUUAUAGUUUCGACGUUGCCUGAUUCUAAGUUGUGUCUAAAUAUUGCAAUACUAGAGCAGUUAAUCAUAUUCAUUUAUGAGUUCAGUUUGCAGUUGAUGGCCUUUGGAUAAAGGACAAAAUAUUGAAACUAGUAAAAAUGAGAAACCUUCUCGUAGUUCUCUUUCUAUAUUAAAACUAUAUGACCAAAAGAAUACAUUAUGAAAAUGAAUAUCGAAUCUUCUGAUUGUUUUAUGUCUUAUUUGGGACGUCUAUCAAGCUUCAAUUACCAAGCUAAUGAAUAUUAAACAGGACACGAGAAGGAAGUCGAGCACGUCCAAAAAUAAUCAGCCAAUCAUGACUCAACCUGUCCAUCGAUUACGUCAAUGAUCACCUCAAUAAAACUUUGAA